AUGACAGCAACAGAAAUGAAUGAUAACAAUCAUUUUAUAAGCAAAGAGCUCAAUAAUGAAUCAUCCAUCACGAUAGGCGCUUCUUCCAUUGAAGACAAAUGCUACUCAGACGCCGAAAGUAGUUCCCUAGAUACCAUUGCCACGCAUCAAGAAAACGAUACCAUGGAAACAAAGACGACGAGACGUAAUCGAUCAGCAACGAUAACAGAGAAUAAUCAUUAUAUACCACAUAAGGAGGAAGAAAAGAAGAAGGAGCAGGAGACGAUCAAAGAGGAGCCAGUGACGGCAGAGACGAUAGGAGAUAAUAAUACCAAAGAGCUCGUUGACGGGUUACAUCAAAUGAUGGAGCAUGGUCACCAAGAUGAAUAUUCGGACUCAGAGAACAGUAUAGAAGGCACAAAACAUCAUACAAGAUAUGAGAGUCAUCGAUCGACGAUGUCAUCCAUUCAUUCUUACAUGUCAAGCGCUUCCAACUAUGAUCUGUUAUUGGCAAGAUUAGAUAACAAUAACAACAGUUCUACACAUAUCAGCAGCAAUGAUAGUCUAGAAGAGCUAAGAAAUUCUGUAGAGAAAGAUGGUCCAAGUGCAGAGGAUAUUGACUGGGAAUUUUGGUCCAAGGUAAUUUCGGACUUUAAUAGCGUAAGUAAGUCAGAAGCAAAGGUACUAUCGUACCAGAUCCAGAAAGGCAUUCCCCCAUCAUUACGAGGAAUGGUAUGGCAGCUGUUUUCAAAGAGCAAAAAUGUCAAAUUAGAAGAUCAAUAUAUGCAGCUGCUGAAAGAAGAGUCAGUGUAUGAAAAAGCCAUCACCCGUGACUUACCUAAACUGUCGAUGCUAAAAGAAGAACAUCAAAAAGAGGCUAUAUUUAAUAUCAUGAAAGCUUAUUCUUUAUAUGAUAAAGACGUUGGAUAUAGUCAACACUUGGUUUAUAUCACAGCUCCUCUGUUACUUAAUAUGCCAGAAGAAGAAGCCUUUUGUGUGCUAGUGCAGCUCAUGAAUAAAUAUGGACUUAGGGGCCACUUUUUACCUCAGUCAGAUUUAUUAUCCAAACGACUUUAUCAGUUGAGUGGAUUAAUAAGUGAUCAUUUACCUCAUCUACAGCGACAUUUUGAAGCGCACGGGAUCAAAUCAAAUAUAUAUGCUUAUCAAUGGUUUAGUACACUAUUUGCUUACAGGUUUCCAAUUGACACUGUGUAUCGAAUCUAUGACAUGAUAUUUGCUGAAGGAAUGGAGACUUUGUUCCGUUUUUCUUUAGCCUUAUUGGAAAAGAAUCAAUCCAUCUUACUAAGUCUUGAAUACGAUGACCUGGUUGGCUUCUUAAAGAAUAAUCUACUUCAAGUAUACCAGAAUGACGCUGACCAACUGUUACAUGAUGCCUGUCAAAUCCAAAUUACAACCAAACGACUCGAUCGCUUAGCCAAGGACUUUCAAAUCGAAUCAUCCAAGGCCAAUAAUGAAGCAGAGAUUAUAGAAUCAUUGAAGCGACAAAACAAACAAUUGCAAGAAUCUAUUCGACAGAUGGACCAUGAUUACACCGAGCUCAAUAAAGAUCAUACUACAUUAGCUGCGGAACUGAUUUCAGCCAAGAUGGAUAUCGCUCGUAUCCAUGAUGAAAACGAGCACCUUCGUCAACAGACACACGACUUGAAAAAGAAGCUCGAGACUCUUCCCGGAGAAGUAGAGGCAAGGAUAAAGGAAGAAAUGGAAAUCUUGUACACAAAGAAUGCUGCUCUCGUCGAGCGAAAUUCUGCACUGGAGGAUCAGCUGGCGUAUAUGGAAAAUAUGAUUAUUGAAAUCAAGGUCAAAUAUGCUGAAAGUGAAAAUGAAAGAGAAGGGUUGCGCCAAAGACUAACUGACCUUAAAUGUCUAAUGGAAAAAUAA